ACGAAGACCUAUAGGUUCAUUAUUUGCACUUUUUCGUUCUCGACAUUAGACAACAGAUUUACUUACAAUUGUUGAAAGAUUGUUUUGAAUACUUGCACCAUGUUUUUUUUUUUCUCUCUCACACAGAUCACUUGACAGUGUGUAUUGUUUCACAAGGGGCUUGAAGUGUUAUGGAACUUAUUUAAGGCAAUUAUUUUUAAACUAUCCCAUUGUGUUUAUAUAUAUUACAUUGACUUAUUUUGUCGUGGGAAGCAUAUUAAAUAUUUAAAACUAAAUUACAGUCUCCGAGUGGUCAAUUUCAUUGCGCAUGUUUGACAACUGGUUCAAAUGUUUAUUGGUGAAUAAACGGUGUAAAAUCACUCCCAACCACACUUGAAUUAUGCAUCAGCUCCAAGGACUUUUUGAGACCCUGCCCGUGGAGAGAGAAAAGGCUGUAGUGUAUUGAUAUCCUUUGAAGUUCAUUGGAGGCGUUUCCUUGACUUGGCUGGUGACUAUGGACCAAUAGCAUGACAAGAAUCCAUUACCAAAAAGGUACUCUGACCCCCAUGGGAGGAGGAGUAUAAAAUACAUGACGGCACAUCAUCGAAUCAGUACAUUGCCCGUUUUAUCACUGUGGAUCUAAGAUAAUGGCUUAUUUCUUUCUAUGGGUCUUUUUAUUCUUUAUUUGCGACAAAGCUCUCCCUGGGGACACAUGGACAAUGAACAAUUUGCUGAUGACCGGACCAAAGGCGUGUCUUACCUAUGCAAGUAGUGUGCAGGUCGGUGCGCAGAGCGGGAUACGUGAGUGCAAGCAUCAGUUUGCUUGGGACAGGUGGAACUGCCCGGACAGCGCGCUGCAACUUUCUACUCAUAAAGGCUUUAGAAGUGCAACCAGAGAGACGUCAUUUGUCCAUGCCAUAAGCGCAGCUGGCGUUAUGUACACUUUAACCAGAAACUGCAGUCUUGGAGAUCUGGACGACUGCGGAUGUGACAGUUCGAGGAACGGCAAACUCGGGGGUCGUGGUUGGCUUUGGGGAGGAUGUAGCGACAACGUGGAUUUUGGCGAGAGCAUUUCUAAACAAUACGUGGAUGCGCUUGAGACUGGACAAGACUCUCGAGCUGCAGUUAAUCUUCAUAAUAAUGAAGCUGGACGUUUGGCUGUAAAGGCGACCAUGAAGAGGAUCUGUAGGUGCCAUGGCAUGUCAGAAAGUUGCACAAUGCAAACGUGUUGGAUGCAGCUUUCUGAUUUCCGUGAGAUUGGCAAUUACCUAAAAGUGAAGCACGACCAGGCCCAGAAACUCGAAUUGGAUAAGAGACGAAUGCGCGCGGGCAAUAGCGCAGACAACCGCGUGGCUAUGGCAGACGCGUUCGGCUCCAUCGCCCGGACUGAGCUCAUAUAUCUGGAGGAUUCGCCGGAUUAUUGCGCCAAGAACCUGAGCCUCGGGCUUCCUGGCACGGAGGGUCGGGAGUGCGUGCAACAUGGGGAAAGUCUCACUCAGUGGGAAAGGAGAAGCUGCCGCAGGUUGUGCCAUGAGUGCGGUCUGCGGGUGGAGGAGAGGCGUACAGAGAUAGUGAGCAGCUGCAACUGCAAGUUCCACUGGUGCUGCACAGUAAAGUGCGAGAACUGCUCUCAGGUCAUUGUCAAACACGUUUGCGCCCGGAGACACGGAGGCCACGGGCACCACAGACGCAGACCUCGAGGACCAAAAUAAAACACCCCCUGACAAUCUCUUUUCUAUUGAGAACACCUCCACCUGCACUUUUUCUUAAUAUUUGCUAUGUCUGUACAUAAUUAUAUAUUAAAGUAUUUUCAUAAAACUCAGAAACUGAAAUUGCUUGUGGUCUCGUUUAAUGAUUAUGAACCCAAAUACGUCCAAU